AGUGGACUUCAAUGUUCCUAUGAAGAACAACCAGAUAACAAACAACCAGAGGAUCAAGGCUGCAGUCCCAAGCAUCAAAUUUUGCUUGGACAAUGGAGCCAAGUCAGUUGUCCUUAUGAGCCACCUGGGCCGGCCUGAUGGUGUCCCCAUGCCUGACAAGUAUUCCUUGGAGCCAGUUGCUGUAGAACUCAAAUCUCUGCUGGGCAAGGAUGUUCUGUUCUUGAAGGACUGUGUGGGCCCAGAGGUGGAGAAAGCCUGUGCUGACCCACCUGCUGGGUCUGUCAUCCUAUUGGAGAAUCUCCGCUUUCAUGUAGAGGAAGAAGGGAAGGGAAAAGAUUCUUCUGGGAACAAGGUUAAAGCUGAACCAGCUAAAAUAGAAGCUUUCCGAGCAUCACUUUCCAAGCUAGGGGAUAUCUAUGUCAAUGAUGCUUUUGGCACUGCUCACCGAGCCCACAGUUCCAUGGUAGGAGUCAAUCUGCCACAGAAGGCUGGUGGUUUUUUGAUGAAGAAGGAGCUGAACUACUUUGCCAAAGCCUUGGAGAGCCCAGAGAGACCCUUCUUGGCCAUCCUGGGCGGGGCUAAAGUUGCAGACAAGAUCCAGCUGAUCAAUAAUAUGCUGGACAAAGUCAAUGAGAUGAUCAUUGGUGGUGGAAUGGCUUUUACAUUCCUUAAGGUGCUCAACAACAUGGAGAUUGGCACUUCUCUGUUUGAUGAAGAGGGAGCCAAGAUAGUCAAAGACUUAAUGACCAAAGCUGAGAAAAACGGUGUAAAGAUUACCUUGCCUGUUGACUUUGUCACUGCUGACAAGUUUGAUGAGAAUGCCAAGACUGGCCAAGCCACCGUGGCUUCUGGCAUACCUGCUGGCUGGAUGGGCUUAGACUGUGGUCCUGAGAGCAGCAAGAAAUAUGCUGAGGCUGUUGGUCGGGCUAAGCAGAUUGUAUGGAAUGGACCAGUGGGAGUAUUUGAAUGGGAAGCUUUUGCCAGAGGAACCAAAGCCCUCAUGGAUGAGGUGGUGAAAGCCACUUCCAGGGGCUGUAUCACCAUCAUAGGUGGUGGAGACACUGCCACUUGCUGUGCCAAAUGGAACACAGAGGAUAAAGUCAGCCAUGUGAGCACUGGGGGUGGUGCCAGUUUGGAGCUCCUGGAAGGUAAAGUCCUUCCCGGGGUGGAUGCUCUGAGCAAUGUUUAAUACUUUCCUGCCUUUUAGUUCCUGUGCACGGGCCAGGCCGUAAGUCAACUUAGCAUUUUCCGCAUCUCCACUUGGCAUUAGCUAAGAUCUUCCCCUACGUCAAGAUUCAGCUAGUGGCCAAUAGAUGCAGCGGCAGGAACCCUUUAACAGUUGCACAGCUUCUCAGCUCAUCUUUACUGCAUCCUGGAUUUGCCUACAUUCUUCAAGAUCUCAUUUGAAUUUCUUAGUGACUACACCACUGUGCAUUCUGGAGUGCAUAUAUUUAUAUUCUGCCUGUUUAAAAAAAGUGAGCUGUUUUUGCUUAGUUUUCUCUUUCAAGUAGCUUAUUCUGAUUAGCUUUGUCAUUGUUUCACUUCAGCAUGGAUAAAAGAUGAAAUUCCAAUUGUAGAUAGAAAGAUGGCAUUUAUGAUCUAUUAAACAAUAAAAUUAUCCAUUGAAACUGGAA